GUACACAUAAUACAAUCUAAUAUAGCUUUGUUAUUGGUGCUUCAUGCUUUAAGUUAUGAUGCACAAUUAUUCCGAUUGAUAGGGGCAGAUAUUUUUAUAAAUAAGAAUGUGGCUGACAAAGUGUUCUAAAUUAUAUUGCAAUAAAUUAAGUCCUUUUAACGGAUUAACUAAAAGAACCCUUAGUUCUUCGGGUAAAGCGACUGUAUUAGGCAUUGAAACAUCUUGUGACGAUACCGGUUGUGCUGUAGUGAACAGUGAGGCUACUAUAUUGGGGGAAUUUUUACAUUCGCAAAAUGAAAUCCAUGUUAAGUAUGGUGGUGUGAAUCCAAUAAACGCUUGGGAGCUUCAUCGUGAUAACAUAGAAUCAGUUGUAAAUACAGCUUUAGAUAAUGCUAGAAUCGGUUUAAACCAUAUUGAUGCAAUAGCAGUUACCACAAAACCUGGGCUUUUGCUAAGCUUAAUGAUAGGUGUGAAAUAUGCAAAUUUCCUUGCCAAAAAAUAUCAAAAGCCAAUAAUACCAGUACACCAUAUGGAAGCCCAUGCAUUAGUUACAAGAAUAUAUUAUGAUAUACCAUUUCCUUAUUUGGCACUGCUGAUAUCAGGAGGACAUUGCCUUUUAACUGUUGUUAAUGAUGUUGAUAAUUUUUUACUGAUCGGCCAGACUUUAGAUAAUGCCCCUGGUGAAGUGAUGGAUAAGGCUGCUCGGAGAAUGAAGUUAAAGAAUAUGCCCGAGUAUUCACUUAUAUCUGGAGGUAGAGCAAUAGAGUUAGCUGCUAAGAAUGCUACAAAUCCUACCUUGUUUAAAUUUCCUAUACCAUUGCAGAGAAAUAGGGACUGCGACUUUAGUUUUAGUGGACUAAAAGAUUCACUGGUGAGGAAAGUAAUUAAGAAGGAAUCUGAGCAUGGAUUAAUGGGUGAUGAAAUUAUUCCUGAAGUAUAUGAUUUGUGUUCAUCUUUUCAGACCAGUAUUACUAAACAUUUAGCACACAGACUUGAGAGGGCUAUAAAAUUUUGUGAAGUAAAAAACUUGUUAUGUAACAGUGCUAAGAAUAUUGUAGUAUCUGGUGGUGUUGCCUGCAAUGAUUAUAUUUACUCUAAUUUAAAAAGUGUUGUUAACCAUUUGGGCUACAAUUUAUAUAGACCACCUCAUAGAGUAUGCACAGACAAUGGCAUUAUGAUUGCUUGGAAUGGUAUUGAAAAAACAAGAAAAGGCAUAGAAACUUGUAAUUUUAUAUCUCAAAGUGAUGUAGAUCCAACUGCUCCUUUGGGUGUUAAUAUAAGAAAUCAAGUGAAAGAAGCAAAUAUAACAGUAAAAAGUCCUAGAUUCAGCGAAGUUGACUAAAUAUAGUAAUAAGAAUUGUUUUUUUUGUAUUACUAAAAAUAAAAUCAUCUUUGAAACAACAAUU